AUGGCAUCUGAUUCUGAAACGAACAAUGCCUCUGACCAAAGUGGAAUCGGUGAUGCCGACUCCUUGGCAUCUACAGCAGAAAGUGAGCCAGAAGCGGAGUACCUCGUGAAUGACAUCCAUGCAGAACGGAGGUUCUACGUUGAACCGGAUUCUGAGGAUGAUGAAGGCGUCUUCAUCACUCAGUAUUUGGUCGAAUGGGCUGGAUACAGCAUGGACAGGUGCAGUUGGGAGCCGAAGGAAAUGUUUACUUCGGAAGAGACCCUAGAUGGAUGGGAAGAGAAAAAAAAGCAGAUCGCGGCUGGCAGGGAGCUUCCAUUCGAUCUCAAGGAAUGGGAGAAGGAGAUGGCUUUGUUGGAGAAGAAGACAAAGAAGCGAAAAGAGGACCGAAGGCGCAAAAGAGAACAAAGGGCACGACGGAAAAGCCUCCCUCGGGCUGAAUCAUCUCGACCGGCCAAUUCCGAUAUCAUAGAUACCCAUGAUCCUGAACCAGGUGUUACAUCUCGCAGAGCUCCUAGGCGCCUAUCCGCGGAUUCCACCGCUUCGACCUUGUUUGUUCCAGCUGAAACCCCACCGCUAUCAAAACAUGUGGCCCUUCGCCAAUCGCUGCACCAAAGAGUACCUGCCAGAUCAGCUACCUCUAGUGUUCAAACAAACCGGAACGAAACUCCGGGAUUAACACGCCUGAUUGCACAAACAGCAACCCCAAACAAGCUUCUAAACUCGCGACCUCAGCUCGCAAAGAAAACCAACACCAAGCAGAACCCUCCGGCGCGCCGAAAAAGCCCACCACAAGCAGCAAAGCCAACAUUGUCUUCUUUUGCUACGGGCCCAGGGGCCAAGCGCGCGUACCGAGAAAAUAAAUGGAGCGACCGAGCACCGGAUUUGUCUCAAAUGGAACUGAUGAAACCUUCCGAAUUCCCACCCAGGAUGAAUAUAGGCACCACCACCUCAGUCGUGGGCCCAUCUGUAACAAGUCCCAGAUCCCCGGAAGCCCAAACCCAACCCACUUCUCAAAAUUCAGCCAGCUUGAACGGUCUCAUAAAGACAAACACUGGUCAAGUAAACGAUCAAGCUGCAGAGCAGCCACAGAAACCUGCUGUUCUCGUGCCAUCGUCAGUCAUGGCUCCUCCACUGCCUCGCACUUUACACUUAGGCCCCACUGCGUCAGUUUCUUCGUCGGCUGUGUUGUCUGGCCCCAGUGCACCGCCGAAUCUGGAGAUAUCAGUUGGUCCUGUAGAUUCCACUACUUCUAUUUCCUCGCCAGCUACACAAUUAGAGCCCCUUCCACAGGCCAACCUCGCCCAGCCUCCCGAUUCUGUAGAUACUACUGUUUCUACUUUCUCGCCGCCAGGUGAGGCUCCUUUGACAUGUCCCGAUGGGUGGUCGAUAUCUGCUCUUACUGCGCUCUCAGCAGCUGCUUAUCCCUGCCCCACACCACAGGCCAAUGCUGACAGGCCCACCGGUCCUCCGGCCUCUACUAGCUCAGUCUUACCUCCAGUUGUUCUCCCAGGAGCCCGUGCGGAGGCUACUUCAAUGAAACCUGCUGGACUCUCUGGUUCUAGCCUUACUGCUCGGUCGCCGGCCAUUCCAGAUAGGCUGCGGGCAAUGGUAAAUCCUGAGAGGUAUACUGAGAGGUAUACUGAGAAUCGAGACUCGCAGGACAGCCGCGAGACAGUCCGAGGUUGGAACAGCUAUAGACCUAACCACGCACCUGUGGCCGAUACCUACCGACCGUCAGAGCUUCCCCGUCGGUCAUCGCCAUCCCGACGGUCACCACCAUAUCGACGUUUAUCACCCUCUCGUCGGCCACGGUCUCCGCCCUCUCGAAGGGCGUCGCCCCCGAUCGACUGUCAAGGUCUUCUUUGCGUGGUAUGGGUGAUUAUUAUACUCCUCGGAGUCCAUCUCCCACCAAUUCUCGGAUUCCGCCAAGAUCUUCAAAUUCAAUCGGGUUGA